AUGGCUAUCGAAGAAUCUAAGCAAAAAUUGUCUCUCUCACAUCCCAAGAUGUCACAGCAAAAUAAUGUAAGAGAGCAAAAUUUGUUCGGGUUGGAUUCUAUACCUCUUUGGGGUUUUACAUCCAUCUGUGGUAGGCGGUCAGAGAUGGAAGAUGCUGUUGUAGCUCUACCAUGGUUUUUGAGAUUUCCUAACCAAAUGUUAAUGGAUGACCUGAUUCCAGAUUCAACGAGUCAAAAUUUAAUAGCUCAUUUUUUUGGAGUUUACGAUGGACAUCAUGGAGGCUCUCAGGUUGCCGAUUGUUGCUGUGAUCGUGUUCAGUUAGUUUUAGCUGAGGAGACUGAACUUGCAAUAGAGGAUUUGCAGAAUGGAAGUGUUAGAUAUAACAGGAAGGGGCAUUGGGAGAAAGCUUUCAAUAAUUGUUUUCAUAAAGUAGAUGAUGAGGUUGGAGGAGUCCAAAGAGGAAAUGGAGGCCUUGCAGAUGCCUUGGCGCCCAGUCUUAAACCUGUUGCUUCCGGCGCUGUUGGGUCUACAGCUGUGGUUGCUGUUGUUUUUCCAAGCCACAUCAUUGUUGCUAAUUGUGGUGAUUCAAGGGCAGUCCUUUGUCGUGGAAAAUUGCCGAUGCCUUUGUCUAAUGACCAUAAACCAGACAGAGAAGAUGAACUUGCAAGGAUAGAGGUUGCAGGAGGCAAGGUCAUUAAUUGGGACGGAUUCCGUGUUUCAGAUACAGAAAUAAUAUUUGUUCCCCGAACAAAAGAAGACGAGUGUCUUAUUCUAGCCAGCGACGGUCUAUGGGAUGUUGUAAAAAACGAGGAGGUUUGUGAUGUGGCACGGAGGCGAAUCCUCCUCUGGCACAAAAAGAAUGGGGAUACCAUGUUGAAAGAACGAGGCGAGGGAGAUGACCCUGCUGCUCAAGAUGCAGCAGAGUACCUCUCGAGACUUGCUCUCCAAAGGGGAAGCAGAGACAAUAUCUCUGUGAUUGUAGUGGACCUAAAAGCUCAAAGGAAAUUUAAGAAGAAAACUUUAACUCAUUGA